CUUUAUCAGUCAAAGAGGCGAAUGGGUCUGCCGGAAGAGCUGCACAGGACAUGGAAGUACUGAGGGUUGCUGUUGUUGGCGCCGGGCCGGGAGGUCUGGUCACGUUGAAGACUCUGUUAGAAGCCUCAACUCCAGAGAGACCAAUUGAAGCUCGUCUUUUUGAAGCCGAAGAGGACAUUGGCGGUACCUUCCAGUACCGCUCCUACGAGAAUGCGGAGCUUGUGAGCUCGAAACAGCUUACAGCCUUCUCCGACUUCCGCUUUCCACUGGACCAGCCGGAUCAUAUAUCUCUCCCGCAAUAUGUCGAUUACCUAAAGUCAUAUGUUGACCGAUUUGACCUGGCUCCAUUCAUCAAGCUCCGUUGUCCUGUUGUAAACAUCUCGCCGCUAGAGUCUUCAAGCCAGAAGUGGAAGCACCGCGUCAAAUACAUCGACAACUCCUCCGGUGAGGAACGCAACUUUGAUUGCUCACAUGUUGCAAUAUGUACCGGAUUGCAUGUGCAAGCCAAUAUCCCGAGUAUCAAAGGCAUUGAGAAUAUUCAUGGCGAUGUCUUUCAUUCGUCAAACUACAAGACCCGCUCUCAGCUCACCGGUCGCAAAAUCCUCAUCCUGGGGUGUGGAGAGACUGCAAUGGACAUUGCAUAUGAAGCAAUGAAGGCCAAUGCUAUCUCGGUGACGAUGUGCUACAGGACAGGCUUCCUAUCAUUCCCCAAAGCUCUCAGCAGAUUCCAAGUCUUCGGACGACAGUUCAAGGGCGGCUUGCCUAUCGAUGGACUCAUCACGAAUCUCUUCGAGACCGCAUACGUCCAUCGGGCGAUCGCUCAAAGCCGACUACGUUGGUUCGUAUCAGACUUUGUUAUCAAGCGUGUCCUCUGGUUCCUCACAGGCACCCAGGCCGGCAUGAAUCAGCACGUUGGAGCUUUGCCACCAGAAAGACUCGGUCGCGCGUACGUGUUUCUGAACAAAAGUAACAAGGCGAUGCCUUACCUGAAUCGCCCGUACAAAACGAAUAACGCGUUCCUCGAUUUUAUCGGCAACAAAUACGUAGACCCGCCGGAAGACGCAAACUCAGAUAAAUGGGUCGACACAUGCACGUUUCCGGUCUGUAUCGAUGAGACAGGCACCGUCAUCUUCGAACCUCGGCCAGACCGCAAGGACUGGCAAAGGAUGAAAGACAAGGCUGUGAAGCCAGAUUGUGUUGUAUACUGCACUGGCUACAAACAAGACUUUGCUUGGCUGGAUCCAUCUUAUCCGACCGCCUCCUCGGCCAACAUCCGCAACAUCGUUAACGCCUCCUGCCCCUCCGUUGCCUAUAUCGGCUUCGUCCGACCCGGCGUCGGCGCCAUUCCACCAAUCGCAGAACAGCAGGCAAUGUGGUGGGCCGCUCUCAUCCUCAACCGCAUGACUCUCCCGACCGGUCCUCCUCACUACCACCUCCUCGCAUCCAAGGGCUCGCGGAUCCAGUAUGGUGUAGAUCACAGCGCGUACAUGAGCACGCUUGCCAAGGACUUUGGCGGGGCUCCCGGUCUACUAACGCUCUAUCGCCGCCACGGCUGGCGUGUUUUGCUCGCCUAUUGCUUUGGGGCAUCUUUUGUUACCUUUUACCGCCUUGUGGGGCCAUUUGAGAGUCCUGAGGCGCCGCGUAUUGCAGUGACUGAGCUUGCGGAGACAAUCAUGCGGAGAGGGAAGAUUGGAAAUCUGCUGUUUGGAGUGAUUCCAAUGCUCUUUUAUGGGCUCCUCAACGCUAUCGCGUACAUGCUGGAUUUCAUAGGGUUACUGCCAGAGGAGAAAAGCGUAGUACAGAUUGUAGAAUUCCGGCACAUGAGGGAUGAAAUUAUGCAUAGCGAUACGCUGGUGAAAUGAUGUCCAGCAAUGUUCCAAGUUGGGCCCUCGAUUUUUGUUCAAGACAUAGUAGAUAUGGCAAUCUGAAAGGCAAAAGGGGACUAAGAAGACUGUAAAUGAAGCCAACGAAGCCACACGCAUCUUAGAUUACUCAUGAUAUCCACUUUAAGAUCUUGCAAAUACAACUCGCAGGAGACUAGUCUCAAGCGAGAAUAGCUCGACGCUUUUUAGGCACUGCUUGCUUCUCUUCCUUGAUCACCACUCCUCGAAUCCGGAUUCCAGAUACCGUA